AAAAAAAAAAAAAACAGAGGACCGGUUGUUAGAAGAAGACUGUUGGAAGCAAAGGAACAGCGUUCCUUCCUUCCAGCCAGAAAAGCCAAGAGAAUCAAUGAGCCAGUGAACAGUACUUUGCCACAUCGAACAGACUUUCAUUAACUUUUGAAGCACCUAAUAGGCUAAGUCAGAUUUUGUGCUGUUUUCUUGUUCGUUGUCCACACAGUUCCUUGCCUUCAAAUCCCCACCUACCACUGUUUGUCUUUCUUCUUAUCAUUGAAAUGCCUUUUCUGCAUUGCCCUACCUUCUUUCUUCCAUCAUAAUUCCAUACCCCUUUCACUUCAGGUUAAUUUUGUCAUUUCCCCCUCUCCCUCUUGACACUUCUUCUUUCUCUACACUUUGACUCUGUCUAACCCUUUUAGCAGACCAUUUUUCCAUCUUACACAUCUAUUUCGUAGCCUCUCCCCCCUCCUCUGGUAAAGGAUAGCCGGCACCAUUACGUCCAAAGGUGAGGACGACUUUCUAACGCUGGCCGCUUCUCGGCUCAGCCGUAGAAAACGAGUCAUCGGGGCUGCUGUGGGUGUGGCCAUGGUCCUGGUGCUGCUGGUCGCCAUCCCUUUAUUGGUCCACAGCACCAAAGCAGCUGCAGCUAGCAGUGGGACACAUUAUGAAAUGUUGGGAAGCUGCAGGAUGGUAUGUGACCCUUAUACUCCUCCUCAAAACAGCCAGGAACUAGCAGCCGUCUCCCCACCCCCACCAGACUCCACAGGACGACGGGCAAAGUCAGGAUUUCGUGGGCCUCCAGGGCUCCCUGGCCCACCUGGCCCCCGAGGGCCCCCAGGAGAACCCGGAAAGCCUGGACCACCAGGACCACCAGGCCCGGGCCCUGGUGGCUACGUGCAUGCCUACAGCCCAAAGAUUGCUUUCUACGCAGGUCUGCGCAAACAACACGAGGGCAGUGAAGUACUCAAGUUUGACGACGUGGUCACCAAUGUGGGCAAUUACUAUGAGCCCAGCACUGGCAAGUUCACUUGCCCCCUCCCUGGCAUCUAUUACUUCACCUAUCAUGUCCUCAUGAGGGGCGGGGAUGGAACCAGCAUGUGGGCUGACCUGAAGAAGAAUGGACAGGUAAGAGCCAGUGCCAUUGCUCAGGACGCAGACCAGAACUACGACUAUGCCUCAAACAGUGUGAUCCUGCACCUGGACGUGGGGGAUGAGGUGUGUGUGCAGCUGGAUGGAGGCAAAGUCCAUGGGGGCAACACCAACAAAUACAGCACCUUCUCUGGCUUCCUCAUCUACCCUGACUGA